AUGUCAAAUAAGAUAACUGAAGGAUAUUUGAAAAACUUGAACCAUUCACAAACAAAUAUCAAUAUAAAAGAAAUGAAUCAAAAUCUACAAGACAAUAAAUAUGAUUUAGAUGGACAAAGUCUUUAUAUUUCUUCAUUGAAUGGAAUAACUUCAUCAUCUGUUAUACAAUCUAAUAAUUGUACAACAAAUCCUCGAGCUAAUAUACAUGCUAUUAUUCAGAAUUUAUUAACACGUCAUCAAACUGAUGAUAAUGAUAUAUAUAAACAUAAUAAUAGAACUAUACAAAAAUCUAUAGAUUAUAUUAGGUCAAAAAUAUCACCAUCUAUUGAUAAACAAGAAUGGAUUAAUCAAGAAUUGAAUAAUAAACAAUUAAAUAGGUUUAAUGAUAAUCAAUUUAAUGAAAUCACUUCAUCAAAUAUUGAUUUACGAAUGAAUAGUAUUACUGAUAAAUCAAUUAAUCAUUUAAAUAAAUAUUCUUUAUUAGAUCAAUCAUCACCUUAUCAUAUACAUUUUUCAUUAGGACAUAUUAAUACAAAUGAUAAUGAACAAUAUCAUAAAUUUUUAACAGUACCACGAAAAGAUCAUAUUAGUUUAAGUACAUUACGUCUUAAUCGUACUAGACAAUCUCUUACAUCUAAUAUAUCAAAUUCAUUAGUAAAAAUUAAUCAAUCUACAGAACAAUAUCAAAGUAUAAAUGAAAAUAUUGAGAAUAAAUAUCAGACAACAAGUAUCAAUUAUCAAUCUGAUAAAAAUUAUCCUAUUCCAAGAAAAAAACGUACACUUUAUUUAAAUAAUAAUAAUAAUUAUUAUACAGAAAAAGUAAUUGAAUCAUCACAAAAUAUUCAUUUAAAAUCAUUAGAUAUUAUUCAAAAUAAUGAUGAGAAACAAGUGAAAAUAACUAAAUCAUUAUAUCAAAAUAAUUUUCUAUCUGGAUCUAAUAUUGAAAAUUAUCGACAAAAAUUAAUAGAUAAUAAACAAAAACAUACACAACAACAACAACAACAACAACAGAAAAGUAUAAAUUCAACACGAUUACUUGGUCCAACAGCACGUUCUGUACUUGAGAAUGGUAGAAGUAUACAUCAAAAUCAUUGGAGUUUAAAUAUUACCAGCAAUACUGAUGGCAAUAACGAUACUACUACUACUACUACUACUACUAAUAAUAAUAAUAAUAUAAGCAGUAGUAAUAGUUGUACCAAUUUUAAAGAGAAUAAAAACAGAAUAAAACGAAAUAGUUUAUCAGCUAAAACAUUAAAUGAAAAAUUAAAGAAUAAUACUAAUGAAACAUUAUCAUGUAUUAUAAAUUAUGAUAGAUCAUUUAAUUCUCAGCAAGAUAUUAAAAAUUCAUGCAUUAAUGGUUCAACAAUAAAUCAGUUAUUAAGAAGUCAGCGUUUAACGAAGCCUUAUUCAGAAGUUUCACUUCAUCAAGAAACUGGUAAAACUUCAAUAAAACAUAACAACAACAAGGCUAAACAACUCAGUGGAAAAGAUUCAGUGUUAACCUCGAUUAGGUCAACCAGUUCACAACCAAUUCAGCAAAAACAACAUCGAAAAGAUGCUGAAGGUGUAAAUCUUCACUCAGGUGAAAAAUUGAACAAUAGUCGACUUGAAGAUGUUGGCCAAAAACAAAAUAAGCACAGUUAUUUCCCACUAAAGACAACUAAAACAUUAUUAACUCCAACGAAUUUAACUGAAAAACGAUAAUCAUAAUAAUAAUAAGACUUACAUUAAAAGAAAUAUUAUAAAGGAAUAACACACAAAUACAUACACACACACACAACAUCAUAAAGUAAUACAAAGUGAAAAAAUAUAUCAAGAAAAUAUACAAACAAAUUAACCAAUGUACAAAGUAUUCGUUACCAUAACAACACUAUGAUACUUUGCUUCGAAAGUCUACCUACAUUCAAGCAUGUGUAUGUAUCGCACAAUUGAAACGAUUAAUGUGAUGUAUUCAAGAAAUGAAAUAACAAUAACCAGAAUAACUGUAUAUAUGAAUGACCCUGACUAGACAUAAUAGUUGGACACAUUGAAUACAAUUUGUAUCACAUGCAUCGUAUAGAAACGAAUGUUGAGUUCCUAUCAAGAAACUGAGAUGAAGAAAAAGAAUAUUCGCCGUUUAAUAAUUUGUAAUAUGUAAUUCAGGUUUGUUGACAUAUUUUGUUAUGGGAAAUAGAAUUGACACUAUAUUGUCUGUUGUUUGAAUAUAUUAUUUGUGUCCACUGUAAACAUGAGGAUGCAGUUAGUUACCUUGGUUACCUCUGAUGAUAUGUAAAUGGUACAAAUUGUGAAAAAAGAAAUUGUCUGUAAACAAUUGUAUUGUCUUAUAUAAAUUUGUAAAAUUUUACAUAAAAUAUUUGAUACCACUUAAAACCUAAAUUCCAAAUGUUAGUAUAACUAAGUGAAGGUAAAUUGUUAUCAACAUAACGACUGAAAGAGUGAAAUAUGAUAUGUAUAGACUCGAAGUAGGUAGUGAAUAAGGAAACAUGUUCAGAAGAUUUGAUCUCCUCUUUUCCUGUCUCUCUGUCUCCCUCUUUCAUUCUAUCUCUUUGUAUCUUUGACUGACACGGAAAAUGAAGAUAAACAUUACUGUCUACUGAAUGAAAAGUAUUUAAGUAGUAUGGAAGAUGAAAAAUAACAAACUGAAGAUGCAGGGGAAGGUGUCAACAUAGAUAAGAAACACAAGACACGUGAAACACUAUUUUUAUGGGUACUUGAUAAGUUGUUUAGAUUCAAUUCAAAACUUUUGUAUUUGGCAUAAGAGAAUUGAGUCUAUGAGACUAUUCAGAAUCACUUGCUGAAUGCUAUGAGACAUUUAUGUUUCGUUUCGAUUUCGUCUAAGUCACUUACAUCUUGUAUAACUACACUGUUCCAACCAUCGUUUCAAAUUCAUCAAUCGAAUUAAGCUAAUACUCCAAAGACUCAGACGAAAUCGAAACGAAACAUAUAUGUCUCAUAGUAUUCAGCAAAUCAUUCUGAAAAGUCUUAUUAACUUGGUUCUCUUAUGUAAACACAUAAGUUUUGAAUUGAAUCUUAACAACAUAUCAAGUGCCCUUCCAUUAAUAUAUGCACAUAUCAAAAAAGAAUAGUGUUCCACGUGUCUUGCAUUUCUAAUAUAUGUUUACGUCAUCCUCUGCAUCUUCAGUUUGUUAUUUUUCAUCUUCUAUACUACUUAAAUACUUCUCAUUCAGUAGACAGUAAUGUUUAUCUUCAUUUUCCGUGUCAGUCAAAGAUACAUAGAGAUAGAUGAAAGAGGGAGAUAGAGAGACAAGAAAAGAGGAGAUCAAAUCUUCUGAACAUGUUUCCUUAUUCACUACCUACUUCGAGUCUAUACAUAUCAUAUUUCACUCUUUCACAUAGUUAUACUAACAUUUGGAAUUUAGGUUUUAAGUGGUAUCAGAUAUAAGACAAUAUAAUUGUUUACAGACAAUUUUUUUUUCACAAUUUGUACCAUUUACAUAUCAUCAGAGGUAACCAAGGUAACUAACUGCAUCCUCAUGUUUACAGUGGACACAAAUAAUAUAUUCAAACAACAGACAAUAUAGUGUCAAUUCUAUUUCCCAUAACAAAAUAUGUCAACAAACCUGAAUUACAUAUUACAAAUUAUUAAACGGCGAAUAUUCUUUUUCUUCAUCUCAGUUUCUUGAUACGAACUCAACAUUCGUUUCUAUACAAUGCAUGUGAUACAAAUUGUAUUCAAUGUGUCCAACUAUUAUGUCUAGUCAGGGUCAUUCAUAUAUACAGUUAUUCUGGUUAUUGUUAUUUCAUUUCUUGAAUACAUCACAUUAAUCGUUUCAAUUGUGCGAUACAUACACAUGCUUGAAUGUAGGUAGACUUUUGAGGCAAAGUAUCAUAGUGUUGUUAUGGUAACGAAUACUUUGUAAAUUGGUUAAUUUGUUUGUAUAUUUUCUAGAUAUAUUUUUUCACCUUGUAUUACUUUGUGAUGUUGUGUGUGUAUGUAUGUAUUCGUGUGUUAUUCCUUUAUAUUUCUUUUAAUGUAAGUAUUAUUAUUAUUAUUAGCAUUAUGAUUACCUUUACCAUCAUGUUUUUGUUUCAAUGUAUGAUAUGUUUUCAAUAAUCUCCGUCAUUCUUAUUUUAACGUGAAGAGUUUUUAUUUUAGAAGAGAAAAAGAUUUUCGACUAAGAUUUCUAAAAUCGUUUUUCCCUCUCAUUUUAUUACUUUCAUUUUACUUCUUCUAUUAUCAAUUAAACAAAUGUACAACCCUGUGAUGAUAAUUUAAUUGAACAUUGAACAUUUUUGUGAUAACAUUUUUGUGGUAAAAAUAUUUUAUUUCUCUAUAGUAUAUUUCAGUGUUUGUCAGUUUUACUUGAUGUUUCAUAAUUCAACUUGAAAAUUCAUUGUUUUCUGUCAGUUGGAAGGAUAUGUCUGUAGAUUUUAUGUAUGUAUACUGAUAUUCGUUUAUUUAGGUGACUGAAAUGUUUGAAAGAUUACUUCAUGAUUUUCUUACACAUUUGUAAACAAAAAAACAUUUGAGAUACAUAUCGCUCUCAGAAAAUGUUACAAUUGUUCAAUGAAUAACUUUAUGUUGGACAUUGAAACAGAUUACUUCACUGUGGUAACUUGUAUAACUUACUAAAACAAAACAAACUGUAACUAUGGCUAGAAUACCUGAUCUUAGAUUUUAUAGAUGACCAUUUUGUAUAAUUAUACAAAAAAAAAUCUUCAAAAGUUAUUUCUUUUAAUAUACUGUGAUUCAAACAUUCUUUAUUAAUAUGAUACACCUCUUAAAUCCAAUUUUUAAACAAAUUAAUAUACAUAUUACUAACUACUAGAAUUCAGUAUUGCAUCAAGGUUAUCAUAAAAAUAAAUUGUAUUGGAAAAAUGAAUAAAAGUUU